AUGGCACCAUGGAAUUUCACCCAUGUAGCUGAGUUUAUUUUCAUGGGGGUCUCAGACCGUCCAGAGCUGCAGAUCCCCCUCUUCCUCGUGUUCCUGCUCAUCUACGGGCUGACCGCACUGGGGAACCUGGGCAUCAUCACCCUCACCAGCGUGGACUCUCGACUGCAAACCCCCAUGUACUACUUCCUCAGGCACUUGGCCAUCAUCAAUCUUGGCAAUUCUACUGUCAUUGCUCCUAAAAUGCUGGUUAAUUACUUGUCUACCAACAAAAGUAUUUCUUACUAUGGGUGUGCAGCCCAAUUGGGAGGAUUUUUAGUUUUCAUUGUGGCAGAGAUUUUCAUGCUAUCUGCAAUGGCCUAUGACCGCUACGUGGCUAUCUGCAACCCCUUGCUCUACAUGGUGGUGGUGUCUCGGCAGAUCUGCCUUCUGUUGGUUUCCCUCACCUACUUGCAGAGUCUGAUCACAGCACUCACAGUCACCUCCUGUGUGUUCUCUGUGUCUUACUGCUCUUCUAAUGUCAUCAACCACUUUUACUGUGAUGAUGUCCCUCUCUUGGCUUUGUCCUGUUCGGAUACCCACAUCCCAGAAACAGCAGUGUUUACCUUCUCGGGGAUUAACUUGUUUUUCUCCAUGACGGUGGUUCUAGUCUCCUACUCCAACAUUGUCCUUGCCAUUGUGAGGAUCCGUUCCUCAGAAGGACGAAGGAAGGCCUUUUCCACCUGUGCCUCUCACAUGGUGGCCGUCACCGUGUUCUAUGGCACUCUCCUUUUCAUGUACUUGCAGCCCAGGACCAACCACUCCCUAGACACCGACAAGAUGGCCUCUGUCUUCUACACACUGGUGAUCCCCAUGCUGAACCCUGUCAUUUACAGCCUGAGGAACAAGGAUGUGAAGGAGGCCCUGCAGAGAUUCCUCAACAACCCAUGCCGAUCCCUCAGACUACUGUAA